AUGCAGCGGCUCGGUGGGCUUCUCCUGCCGCUGAUUGGCUCCGCGGGGGCGGCUGGGCCUGCGGUGGCGCGAUCGAAGGUCUCGGGAGCAGAAGAGGUGCUGCGGAAGGCGGAGUGGCCGGCACAGUUCCCCUUCUCCGCGGAGGACUUCAGGCGAUACGACGAGACGCCAGACACGGUGUUCUACUCCAUGCCGCGCUUCGUCACGCACAUUGACGACCCUGCCAUCCGCGCCCUCACCAACUUCUACCGCGAGAACCUCCCCCCGCCCAACAAGCCGGGCGUUGCCGUGCUCGACAUGUGCAGCAGCUGGAUCAGCCACUACCCCAAGGGGUAUAAGCAGGAGCGCGUGGUGGGCAUGGGGCUCAACGAGGACGAACUCAAGCGCAAUGAGGUGUUAACAGAGUAUCUGGUGCAAGACCUCAACGCCAACACCAAGCUGCCCUUCCCAGACAACACAUUUGACGCCAUCACCAAUGCUGUGAGUGUGGACUACCUAAGCCGCCCUCUCGAGGUCUUUCAGGAAAUGCAGCGCGUGCUCAAGCCAGGGGGCCUGGCCAUAAUGAGCUUCUCCAACCGCUGCUUCUGGACCAAGGCCAUCCAGAUCUGGACUUCAACCGGGGACAUAGACCACAUCCUCAUCGUUGGCUCCUACUUCCACUACGCUGGCGGCUACGAACCCCCCCAGGCCCGGGAUAUUUCUCCCAAUCCCGGCAGAACAGAUCCCAUGACGGAUUUUAGCCCUCUUUGCGAUUCUAAGUUCAACACGUUGCAUUUACGCAUGACUGCCGUUUCUUUGGCGUGUCCUUCCAUGGCGUCCAUAGCUUCCCCCCAUUCAACGGCAGCGGUAGCCGCGUCCCACGGCACAACAUCGUCUGGGAAUCGCAGAAAUGGCGGCUUCGGGCUACGGAAGGUUUCCCAUCAACUACCGACCGCUGUCCUAACACUGCCACUUUGCGCCGAGUCCCGCCAGUCCGUAACGGCUACCGGAACAGCCGGCGCGAUUCGGCCUUCUCUCCGCGCCUCUGACCGGAUAUCGUUCCGCGGAAGCACGAUCGGCGGAAGUGGACUGCUGAGGGUUGUGAAGUGCGCGCCACGCCACGUGUGCAUGAGUCAGCCGCCAUACGGGUUCGGACCAGCCGAGCCGCCCCAGGACGAAGAUGACUAUGUGGAGGCGCAUGUGCUGGAUGCAGUUCGCAUGGUGCCGUGCGCGGAGUCGCUGCGCAUGGCGAUGAGCGACGGCACGGAGCUGGAGGUGCGCCACGUGCACGCGACGGCGGGGCGCCUGCUGUACCCGCACGCCACGCCCGCCAUCUUCCUAAAGAUCGCCAACGCGCCCGACCUCGUGCUGCCCAUCGUCGUUGGCGAGCUGGCCAUCGGGCUUCUCAUGAAGGCGUUUCGUCGCGAGCACGCAGCGCGGCCCAACCACUACGACGUGAUGACGGAGAUGGUGCAAGCGCUGCGAUAUGAGGUGCGCGCGGUGAAGAUCACGCAGCGCGUCAUGGACACGUAUUACGCGCGCGUCUACCUCGCCGCUCCGGACUCCCCCACAUGCGUCGCGAGCGUGGACGCGCGGCCGUCAGACGCGAUCAACCUGGCAGUGCGUGCGCAGGUGCCCAUCCUCGUCAGUCGCGCCAUAGUCCUUAGUGACGCCGUCCGCGUGGUUCCCGCGGGCGCGGAGGGGGGAGCGGCUGAAGGGGGAGCGGACGGGGGAGCGGAGGGCGGGAGGGAGGUGGGGAGGGAAGGCGCGGGCGGGAGGGGGAAGCGUGAGUAUGGGGGGGCUCCGGGGACAGGCGACGUGAUAGCAGAGGAGAUGGCGCUUAUGACGGCCAUGCAUGCUGCUGCAAAUGAAGAGAGAUACGCCGAUGCUGCUCGCCUGAGGGACCAGCUUCAGCUGCUGCGCAUUCGCAACCGCAGGCAGCUGCACAACAGAUUCUGA